AGUGCUACUGUUUCUUUUCUUCUCCAGAGUUGUCACCAUGGCUGUCGACUGGAUCGGUUUUGGUUAUGCUGUGUUGCUGGCUGCCGGAGGUGCCAUGGGAUAUGUACGGAAAGGUAGUAAAACCUCCCUGGUAGCUGGUCUCACCUUUGGAUCGGUGGCUGGUUAUGGAGCUUAUUGUGUAACACAUGACCCCAGAGAUGUGAAGAUAUCAUUAUUUUCUGCUUUUCUUCUGACCAUUGUAAUGGGAGUAAGGUUCAAGAGGUCCAAGAAACUUAUGCCAGCUGGCCUAAUAGCUGGUAUAAGCCUUUUGAUGAUUUUGCGACUUGUUUUUAUGCUGCUGUAAGAAACCAGAACCAAGAAUUGAAGUAGAAGUAUUUUAUCUCUGGACAGAUAGACAAGCUCUUUAUACUUGAAAGAUAAGUUUCAACAAAGCUGUUUCUGGCAUUUUUCUGUUAAAUGAUAUAUACCUGUGAUAUGUUCCUGUGAUCACCUCUGAUCUCAGAUUUCUCUGGUAUUUUUCAAGUUUGGUUUAUUUUAUUCAACAAGACUGUUUGUUUGUUUUCAUUUAAGCAGCUUGCUAACUUGCAGGUAACUCAUUAGCUUGAUUUUUCAAAUGUUCUGAGCUGGUGACACUCCAAUGGAGGUCACUGAGAGCUAGGAAUGCUGUAUACCUUGGAAAAUCAAAACAUGCUCGUGUGUCAGGAAAGCUAAAAAGCCAUAUAAACUAUAAGCCUCUUGCUUCUGACACUAUGUAAUCAAAAGAAGCUCUAAAAUAUUGUUAGUAUUGAUUGUAUAUAUUGUAUCAAAAUCACUGAGUAAGGGUAAAUGCCUUGGCACUAUAAAACACUGUUUCAAAAUCUGUAAAUCUCUGGUCUUCCAUGUACAAAUUGUCAUGGAUAUUAAUUCUAAUAAAAGAUGGAACUUUUAAAGUA